AGAUCAAUGAGCCCUCCAGCCGGAGUCGGAGCUCUGUGCUGCUCGGACAGUGUCUCUUCAUCAUGAGUGGGUGCCCAGUUUUAGGAAACAACUUUGGAUUCGCUUUGAAUAACCUACCCGUGGAAGGCAGAGAAGAAGACAAAUCCCAAACUGGUGUGAAUAAAGCCAGCAAAGGAGGACUUAUCUAUGGGAACUACCUACAGCUGGAAAAAAUUUUGAGUGCGCAAGAACUUCAAAGUGAAAUAAAAGGCAACAAGAUCCACGAUGAGCACCUUUUCAUCAUAACGCAUCAAGCUUAUGAACUCUGGUUUAAACAGAUCCUCUGGGAAUUAGACUCUGUUCGAGAAAUUUUUCAGAAUGGUCACGUCAGAGAUGAGAGGAAUAUGCUAAAAGUUGUCACUAGGAUGCACCGCGUGUCCGUGAUCCUUAAAUUAUUGGUGCAGCAGUUUUCUGUCUUGGAAACGAUGACAGCCUUGGACUUCAAUGAUUUCAGGGAGUAUUUAUCUCCAGCAUCAGGAUUCCAGAGUUUGCAGUUCCGACUCCUGGAGAACAAGAUCGGUGUUCUUCAGAACUUGAGAGUCCCUUACAACAGAAGACAUUAUCGGGAUAACUUCAAAGGGGAAGACAACGAGCUGCUACUUCAAUCUGAGCAGGGCAAGACACUUCUGCAACUUGUCGAGGCAUGGCUGGAAAGGACACCAGGUCUAGAACCACAUGGAUUUGAUUUCUGGGGAAAGCUUGAAAAAAAUAUUGUCAAAGGGCUGGAUGAAGAAUUCAUAAAGCUGCAGGCCUUGGAAGAGUCAGAGGAAAAAGAGGAUGUGCUGGCUGAAUUUCAGAAACAAAAAGAGGUGUUACUGUCCCUGUUUGAUGAGAAGCGCCAUGAAUAUCUCCUUGGUAAAGGUGAAAGGCGAUUGUCUUAUAGAGCGUUACAGGGAGCGUUGAUGAUAUAUUUUUACAGGGAGGAGCCCAGGUUCCAGGUCCCCUUUCAGCUCCUGACCUCUCUCAUGGACAUAGACACACUCAUGACCAAAUGGAGGUACAACCACGUGUGCAUGGUGCACAGGAUGCUGGGCAGUAAGGCUGGCACCGGAGGGUCCUCAGGUUAUCAGUACCUGCGCUCCACCGUGAGUGACAGGUACAAGGUGUUUGUAGAUUUAUUUAAUCUUUCAACGUAUCUGGUUCCUCGGCCCUGGAUACCGAAGAUGAAUCCAAUCAUUCACAGAUUCCUUUAUACGGCUGAAUACUGUGACAGCUCCUACUUCAGCAGUGAUGAGUCAGAUUAAAUCCACCUGCAAAACCUCCAAGGACUAUUGAUUUUUCCAGUCUAUGAUUUUAUUUUUUAUUAAUGAUCUUUUAUAAUGAUGUGUAUAUGUAGUUUUGCAUCAUGCUAUUCUGGUUCAGUUUGGGAAAUAAGUUUAUUAUGUUACGUGAUGAUAGAAGAGUUAAGAUGUAAAUCCAUUCAAUGAUAACCUUGUAUAUAGGAUAUUCUCCUAUUAAAAAUUCAAUUUCCCAAAUUUAACUUUAAGUGACCACUUCAUGUGAUCAUCACCUCAUUGCUUAUAGUUCGUAAACUUAAAAAGUCACCCAACAAUUACAGAUAUUGUGUACAAUAAAAUGCCAUUCU